GCGUGGAUCAUGCACCGGCGAAUCUUUGUGACCAUUUUUUUAGCCCCUACCCGUGCUCAGUGCCAUUCCUCAUUUCGACACCUUAACUGUGUGCACCCUCACAAGUAUUUCUUCAUUUAUUUAUGACUGAAAAUGACGACCUUUUGCGGUGACACCAAUCUUGGCUCAAGUGAUGAGCAGUCGGCCAUACUCUGGUGCUGCAAUUAGGUGCGGUCCACGGCAUGAUCAUCGGUAUCGGCAAUGUGUCCCGGAUCAGUUUAUAGGGCAGUCUAAUCGUGAGUAUAGAUUCUCCGUGAUCUACAAGGAAUAUCGUUUCGGCAUUCCAAGUCGGUCAGACCUCCCAUUCGGAAGCCUUCUCCCAGUUGCUACUAUUCUUAUCGUUCCAGUCGAAGCUCCAGUGGUGCUAUUGCCAUCAGAAUGGCAGUCGGAUAAAUGGGUUCAAGCACUUGGUUCGUUCCUCAGGCGUGUCUCUGCAAUACCAGUUCCCUAUCACAACAGUUGUACUCUCAACAUCGACCAUGAGCAAAACCACCGUCUGCAGAUGACAUGCUUACGUCAGGCCCAUCCGCGUCGCGUUGUAAAGGUAGAAGCGCCUCCCACAACUCAGCGUGUCCCCAGUUCGUCUGCGCCGGUGCAAGUGACGCAGUCCUUUUUCUAUUGGACUGUCGACCUCAUCAACCUCGGCAAUAAGAUAUCUCAGUCGUGUGCUGUCGGGAUUGUGGAGCUUUGCUGUCAUUGUAAUGCUAUCCGAGGAAUGCUUGACGAGAGACAGGAACAGCACCAUAUGCAAUUGUUAUUGACGAACGGAAAAUCUCUGUCAGUGUUCAUUCCUGCAGAUGAAGUGAAAAUCGAUUCUCUUCCUCUUGUGGACUUUUCAGAACACCUACGAAAAACCUAUCGUAGGGGUGCUGGACACUAGAACAAAGCCCUCACUGACAAUAGGCAUCUUGUUUGCCAGGG